AUGGCUCUUUUUUCAGGGGACGGAGUGCUAUGGGCUUGUUUAGGCAUAUCUCUUUUCUUUGCCGUUCGCGGUAUCACUACGGACUUGCGCCAAGUGGUCGAUUUGACGGAGAUUAAACAUGUCGAAAAGGAAGAUAGGAUUAUCAGUGAUGGAACAGAAGAGGCUCUUAAGCUAGACACUCUACUCAAGCUCUCCGAGAGCACAAGUCAUGAACUCAGAUCUGCAUCCCUGAGAAUCAUUGCAGAGCGUUCGUCCAAGGGCGAAUCCCGCGAUCUGCUUUUAGAAGACUUAUCAUCAAAAAAUAAAGUACGACAAAACAAAGCGCUGACUGCACUCCACUUUCUCGUCUCGAAUCGAGCAUUAUCCCGAACAUCUGUCUGCAAUCGACUCCGAGAUGUACCUACAUACACCGCCAUUGUCAAUUGUCUCUGUAACUUCUUGGAUGAGCAUACGGAACAAACGUCCUCAACAAACUCGCCCAUCUUACCCAAAACCAGACCGACUCGGGAAAAGAAGGCUCUCCAGAUUUUGAAUAUCCUGCUACCUCAAAACAUAGCCGCGGCUCUAGAAGCAGGAAUAAUCAGCCGGUGGCUCAAUAAGUACCCAUUCCCGUGUGCAUUGGCCGAGCCAUCUCGGCGACAGGAUGUGGUGCUUCUGAUGAAAACAUGGUGGUCUGAUGAUGCCGUAAUGAGUUCUAUAUUUAGUACUCUAGCCUCACAUUCAGAUUCAAUCAAGCAACUACGAAAAUAUGGUCUUCUGGGAAGCAUGGGAAGCAUGAUCGAAGAGCGACAUGGCCAUGAUGAUGAUGACGAUGACGAUUAUGAUGAUGCAGAUAGUGAUGCGUGGAUGUUUGAUGGAGACGAAACAGCUGGAUCUAUCCGGCAGUCUUCUAGACGGCCGGCAGAAGGCAACGCUGAAGAGCAAGCACUUCGCAGGCGUCGCAGAGAAGCCAUUGUGAUCAGUGAAGGUGGGCGGCCAAUUGGGAGCGACGACAUUUUCCAGCGGCCGAUCCAGGAUAGUUGA